UAGACUCCACGGGAGUAAAAUAAUUUUCAGCUGCUUUCUUGUAAGAAACAACAUAGAUUUAAGAUGCUUAAAAGAAAAGGUCAAAGCCACCUUGAGAUAAAAGGCCCCGAAGAGACACCUUUUAAAGUAAAGAAACAGAUCCUGGCUUCUGAAACCGAAGAUGACGAAGCUGAGAGAACUCUAGAAAGACUUGUGUUUGGAGGUGAAGGCCAUGUGAUCAUGGAAAUUGAGAAGGACUUGGCCGAAGAUCGUGUCGCUUCUAGUUCAAGUGACGAGGAUGAUGAUGAUGAGGAUGACAAGGAUCAAAGUGACAACGACGAUGACGAUAACGAUGAAUUCCACCAUACUGCAAAAAAGAAUGAUAGAGAAAUCAGUGAUGAGCGAAAGCCAGUGUGGGAGGAUGACGCUGAUGAUGAAGAGAGAAUUGAGAUUACAUCAGUGUCACGUUUGAAAAAGUUGCGGGACACAGAAGAUGAGACAGUCAUUACAGGGAAAAAAUAUACUCAAAAGCUGAAACAACAGUUUCAAAAAAUAUAUGGUGAUGCAAGUUGGGCAGACCUGGACAAAAAGAAGAGGAGAGAUUCUUUAAGUGAAGAUGAUGAAGAAGACUUAAUACUGCAGCGAGCAGGAAAUCUUCUCACUAAGAAAGGAGAUAAUCUUCCCCAGGGUAUUCUAGACAUCAAAGGAAUCAAAGAUGCAAAUGUUGGAAAACCAUCCAAUGCAACUCUACAGUGUGUCGAAUUCCAUCCCAGUGCCAAAGUUCUUCUCACUGCAGGCUUCAACAAAACACUAGAUCUCUUCCAGAUUGAUGGACAGACAAAUCCAAAACUUCACAGUAUCUUUCUUGAAAAGUUUCCCAUUCACACAGCUCACUUCAGUGCAGAUGGUGAACAGGUUAUCUUGGCUUCUCAGCGGAGGUCAUUUCAUGUCUAUGACAUGAUUAAGGGAGAAGUGAUCAAAAUUCCUGAAAUUAGAGGUAGAGAAGAGAGAUAUUUUGAUAAAUUUUAUGUUUCACCAGAUGGGAAACAUCUUAUUUUUCUGGGUACCAAUGGCUACCUAAUUCUUCUUUCAAGCAAGACAAAACAGUGGAUUGGAAACUUGAAGAUGAGUGGCUCAGUGCAGUCAGUAGCAUUUAAUGCCAAUGGAUCUCGCAUGUUUACUGCAGGAGGUGAUGGAGAAGUUUGUAUUUGGGACAUGAACACUCGCAGCUGUGUGCAUAAGUUCAGAGAUGAAGGGUGUCUCAACUCGACUGCACUUGCAGCAUCCAGAGAUGGACAGUACUUAGCUUGCGGAUCUGAUAGUGGUGUUGUAAACAUUUAUGACAAUCAGUCUUCACAUCAGACGCAACCAAAGCCAUUAAAGGCCAUCAUGAAUUUUACAACAAGCGUCAACAAAGUUGCUUUUAAUUCUACAAGCGAGAUCUUGGCGAUAUCUUCAAGAGUGAGAAAAGAUUCGUUUAAAAUGGUUCAUCUUCCUUCACUUUCCGUUUUCUCCAACUGGCCCACAUCACGUACUUCACUCAGAUACGUAAACGCAUUUGACUUUUCUCCAAACAGUGGAAAUCUUUCCAUCGGUAACGACAGAGGCAAGGCGUUACUCUACAGAUUGAAUCAUUACACAGACUCGUAGCAUAAACUAGAUGCAUAGCAAUUUAUCGUGACCCCGGUUGAACGUAUGUCGCUUGGAAAGCGCUACUGAUGCAGGUACCAAGCACAUGGUUUUUGUCAGAAGUUGGUCACCCACUGGGCGUUUCACUACGAUCACCCGGGUGUUGUGACAGGGUCAAUAAGCCUCCAGUGUCAUCACGGCAACGACCUGGUUGUCUCAACAAUCCUUAUUUUUGAACCAUUACUGCAAUGUUUGCCCGUCAAAUUUCCUUGUAAAGAAGUGCGAUUCCAAAACAGCCUCAGUCAACUCUGCUUUUGUUGUACCUGAUAAAUUGUACAUAUUUCAAUACUUUUUUUUACAAUCUUUUAAAUUUGAACUGUCGGGAAAAUAACAAAUUAAGUGUUUAAAUAUCUUAACACUCACGAUCCGUUAUUAUUUUCAAGGUAGUUGCCAUAUGUAUUUACUUUUAGAAUACCGCUGGAUAAAAUAAAUAUGUUGCUAAGUGA